ACUCUGGGGAUUAUUCAUAUCACUCAGGUCCAUUGGACAAAUUCAAGUUUGUGUCUUUUUUUUUGUUUUUUUUUUGUGGGAACUCUUUUGAAAAAGAGACGGUGGACUUUGCAUGCAGCGUUUUUGUCAGCAUGUGGAGACGAAUCAGGUAAACACACAGCGUUCAUCCUGGAUUUGUAGGUUCAGUAUGAAUCAGUGUUUCCCUGUUGUUGAGAUGGGCGGUUAAUGGGCAGGAGCAUGAUGUUUUAUGAAUAAUCCCUGUGUCUCUAAUACAUUAUCCUGAUGGUCUGAAGUCCUGUCAUAAUCAUCAGAUAGUUACUGAAGUAGAUGAAUAACUUCACUAAACACAACACUGUAGUUUCAGAACUCACCGGACUGCCAUACUUUUUCACUAGAAGGAAUAAACGGGUUGUAUAUCCCCAGAAUUGCAGCUUUAGAUGGACUCAGCUGUGCUUUUGAGAAUAAACCUGGUAAGAUGUUUUAAUAGACAGCGCAGUUCAUCCAAAGACACAGGACGUGUAGCUCAAGUGAAUUAUUCUGGCUCCAUCUAGUGACCACAUGAUGCAAUUUCAUUUUAGUGGACAAAAGAGUUAAAACCAGUUUUGAUCCAGCUGACUGUUAACAUUAAUGAAAGUAAUAAUAAUAAACACAAGAAAAAGCCAGAAAUAUAUAUUUGUGUUGUUAACAUAUAAAAGAAUGAACCUGGUCUCACAGGAAUCCGUGAAAUAGCCACGGAUUCGCUUAACUCAAAAUCCGUGAAAUAGUCACGGAAUCACUCAAAUUUCCGUGAAACUGACACAGAUUUCGCUACGAUGCAAGUUAAUGACAGUCAUAUCCCGUGGCUAUUGGUGUUCCAAGUCACGUGACUUUCAAGGUCCCGGCGGUCAGAACAAAAAACAUGGCGGACAGUUCUCUCAUUUUUAGUGAAAAAAAUCAAUAUUUUGACUAAUUUUCUGCAUAAAAAAUGGAUUUUGAUCACAUUUCUAGCGAGAAAUAUAUGUUUUAUUUUCUAAAUAUUCACUCAGUGAAUGUACAUAAUCACUUUGUAUGUUGGAAUAGCCACGGGAUAUGACUGUCAUUAACUUGCAUUGUAGCGAAAUCCGUGUCAGUUUCACGGAAAUUUGAGUGAUUCUGUGGCUAUUUCACGGAUUUUGAGUUAAGCAAAUCUAUGGCUAUUUCACGGAUUUCUGUGAGACCAGGUUGAAAAGAAUUCAGAUAUUUUACUUAGAAUUUGUAGUUUGGUAUGGUGACACAUUGAUGUAUUUUCUAUGCAAACCCUCCUAUGACUUUGCUGUUAUAACCUUUCUCCAGAUGAGUCACUUGUUCUGAUUUCCCUCUGACCCUGAACCCCUCCUGUAUGCCACACCAUAACUUCUCCUGACCAAUCCAGACUCUGACAGCCUCACACAGCAGAGCCUGUCUGACGGAGAGGAGCAGCUGGACCGCCUCCAGCAGGCGGAGCUCACUCGAAACACAUGCAUGUCACUGUGGAGGGCAGGUGCAGUCCAGGCCUGGCUGGAGGUUGUCAUGGGGAUGCCCAUGUACCUCCGAGCAUGCUCUGAAAAUGUCAAAAGUGGCAAGGUGCUGCUCGGCCUGACAGAUGAGGAUUUGGAGCUGGGUUUGGGUAUCAGUAACCCCAUUCAUCGCAGGAAACUGAGACUGGCCAUUGAGGAUUACAGGAGAGCUGAAGGGGACCAGGGACUGUCGAAAGCGUCUGAGAUGGACCAUCACUGGGUGGCGACAUCGUGGCUGAGUGACGUGGGGUUGCCUCAGUACUCUCAGAGCUUCCAGACUCAUCUGGUGGACGGGCGAGUGCUGAACUCUCUGAGCCGCAGAGACCUGGAGAGAUGCCUCAACAUCAGCGACCAGUUCCACCAGACCAGUCUCCUGCUGGCAAUCCAGCUGCUGCAGAUACUCAACUUUGAUAAAGAGGCCCUGCAGGCACAGCGGGCAAAAUGUGAGCACCAAGACCGGGACCCCAUUGUUUGGACGAGUCACAGAGUAAUGAAGUGGAUCAGAGACAUAGACCUCAAGGAGUUUGCAGACAGCCUUCAGGGUAAAGGGAUUCACGGAGGUGUGAUGGUUCUGGACCCGUCCUUUGACACAGACGCCAUGGCUAAAGCCCUCGGGAUCCCCAGCAACAAACACAUGCUGCAUCGGCACCUGUACGAAGAGAUGAAAUCCCUCGCUGGCCCCUCCAGCAAUGCAGAGAGCGGCAGUGAGGUUCUCGGUUCCUCUUCCCCUGUGGCUGUUAAUCGCUUAUCUGAGGAGAGGGUGUCAAUGAGAAGAUCGGCCGAUCGAAAGAGUCCUCUGAGGUUACGUGCAAACAGCCACUCGGCGGAUCGGGGCCUUGGUUUCCAUGGCAGCUGCGGCUCUCUGCCCAGAGAGGCCCGGGUGCAGGCGGUUCCCCGGGCCAAAGGCAGCCCAAUGCACACCUUCAAGAGUGUGGAAAUCACCAACGUGUGAAGCAGCCUCAGCCAUCCAUCACGUCGUUACUAUUGUUUACAGCAGGGGUCCCCAAACUACGGCCCGCGGGCCACUUCCGGCCCGCCAAAGCAAUUGGAGUGGCCCACUUAACUAUCCCAAACAAUCCCUCUAAACAUGGCCUGUUUUUUUUAAAUUGCAUUUAUUAUAUAUUUGUUUAUAAAAUAUCCACAUGUAAUGAUUAAGGUAGGCAUUCUAAUUAAAAUUGACCUUAGUUGUGAAUUAUUUACAGUAGUAGCUAAUUUUCACCCCCUCACACACAAUGGUAUAUUCUGAUCUACGUGAUGCCAAGACGUAAGCGUCAACGGAAGAGAGUCGGUCAACAAAAUGUGGAAACGGAAAAUAGAUUCUGAAUGCAGAAUCUAUUUUCACCUGUACCUGUUACAAAAUCAUUGUGUACUGGCAUCAGCUUGUGUUUUUAUUUUGUACAAAAUAAAAGGAAUGUCUGUGGUACUUCAAAUAAACAUGUGAAUACUUUUUAUUACUUUUUUGCAAACCAACAGGUGGUGCCAAGGCCAACAAAUGAUUGUUAUAUAUGGGUCAUUUCAGAAUUGCGGGUACAUUUCACGUCUCCCAGAAAAACCUUUUAUUAUUUCCCCCUAAAAAAGUAUUUACUGGAUCUGUUUUAAAUAAUAUUGCUAAUUAUAUUGAUAAUAAUAAUGUUUGGUGUGUAUUUUAGGCACAAUUUAUAUGUAAAAUAUUCAUUAAAUGAUUCCCACCCACCAAUUAUUGGCUGUCUUCAGCUUGUGAU